AUGGGGCCCGCAAUGCGGAGGCCGCUGCCUCGCGUGCGCCCCCUGCCGGGGGACUCGUACCUGUCCUUCUGGGGUGGAUGCCAGCCCUUCACCCCAGCAGACCGCCCCCUGGUUCCAGCUUACGCCCCGUGCCGCCCUGGGCGCCUCCAGCGCCACCUCCUGAGCGGCGAGUUCGACCAGCUGCGCGACUUCCCCAUCUUUGAGAGCAACUUCGUGCAGGUGACCCGGUUUGGAGAAGUCGCCAACAAGGUCACCAUGGGGGUGGCAGCCUCUAGUCCAGCCCUGGAGUUGCCAGACCUGCUGCUGCUGGCUGGCCCUGACAAGGAGAAUGGACACCUACAGCUCCUCGGGCUGUUCCCCUUGCAAUUCGUGCAGCUGUUUGUGCACGACGAGAGCCGCCAGCAGCUCAAGGUCAAGUUCCGCACGGGUCGUGCCUUCUACCUGCAGCUGCGGGCACCGGCAGAGACCCGCGACCGCGAGUUCGGCCGCUGGGUGCGUCUGCUCUACCGUCUGCGCUUCCACUCGCCCGCCUGCGCAGUGCCCUUCACGCAUGAGGACACCGCGCCUGAGGAGGACGAGGAGGAGGAGGAAGAGGAGGAGGAGGAGGGCGAGGAGGGACAGCGGCCCCCGGAGCUCCAAGCCAUAGAGGCAAGACUGGACCCGCAGGUCUCAGAACUCUGGGGACUCUGA